UGGCAAUGCCUUGUUGCCAUUAGCAACUAGAACCAAGAAGCUGUUUCACAUCAUUGCAAAGCUGUGGCCGAAUAUUGGGAGCAGGUGAAUACAGAAAAUGAGCGGUCUGUAUGGCACAGUUGAACCCAAUGUGAUUGAUGAUCACAUGCUCAAGCUUGCCGUGGAGGAACAAGGUCCAAAAGAUGAAGCCGGAUAUAUUGCCAAGAGGGAGGGUAUUGACUUCAAGGAUGUGACCAGCCUGCACCUGGAUUUCAAAAAUAUCCAGAAGAUUGAUAACCUAUGGCACUUUCCAAUUCUAACAAAAUUACAGCUAGACAACAACAUUAUUGAGAGGAUUGAAGGAUUGGACACCUUGGUGAAUUUAACUUGGCUUGAUUUGUCAUUUAACAAUAUCGAAGUGAUCAGUGGCCUUGAUGCCUUGACUAAAUUGGAAGAUCUAAGCUUGUACAAUAAUAGGAUAUCUGUGAUCGAGAACAUUGGCCAUCUGAAAAACCUCCAAGUCUUGUCCCUGGGUAACAACAACUUGUCCUCCCUGGAAAAUCUCAUCUACCUGCGAAGGUUCAAGGCGUUGCGGUCAUUAAGUUUAAACGGAAAUCCGCUGUCUGAAGACGAACAAUACAAAAUGUUCAUUGCUGCUCAUCUUCCAGAUCUAGUGUAUUUGGAUUUCAGACUACUGGACGAGAACAUCAGAGAAAUUGCCAACGUGAAGUUCCAAUAUUCCAUCGAGGAGCUGAGUCAAAACGAGAAACUGGAACAGAUCAAGCAAGAUAAAGAGGAAGAAAAACGUCGGGAGUUGGAUUCACACAAGGCUGCCUAUGUUGAAUUCCUGAACGGCCCAUUCUUUUUUGAAAGCAUAUAUGCGGAAGAUGUAGAAGGUUUGAAGAUAGCCAGCCUUCCAGGUGUAGCGGAAUUAAUGGACUUAUACAGGACUAAAUGCACAGCAGUUUGCCAGGCCAUUUUUGAUUACGGCAUUAAACAUCGUGGGGUGCGGAUGGCAGAGGAGGCCAUUUUUAAUGAAUGUCUGCAGGAGGCAGUUUGUGAAAACCAGACGAUGGGAGUUAAGAAAAUCAAAGAGUUUGAGGAAAAUAACUCUGAGGUUCUCAAUGAACUGACCCAGAUCACUGACCAACAGAAGAUCGAUGAUACAAUCUUCCAGUAUAAUAAGGACAUUAGCCAGCUGUCGGAAUCCUUGCUGGCUUUGGAGCUGCUGCUAGUGAAACAAAUAGAGGACAUCACCAAGGAUUAUGAAAGAAAUAUCACUGAUAUGACCUCAACUUUCCUGGAAACCAUACAAGGCUUCAUGACUCAAAUCCGAGACAUGGAGAAUGAACAUCAUGAGAAGCUCCAAGAGAUUGGUAUCAACUUGCUGGAGAGGGUUAUCAAGGGAGAGAUGGACGAGGACAUGGCCGAUGAUCUCAGAGCGCUUUUUGCUGAUAAGGAUACAAUCAUGAAUGCAUUAAGUUCCUCCCACGAAAUCCACUUGCUGAAAAUCGAUAAUCGUGAAGACGAUAUUGUUACUAAAAUCAACAACUGGUCAACAAGCCUUAGCACAAAGGUGCAUAAAGAUGAACUGCUAAGAAAUCGCAAGCGCGUGGCUGAAAUCAACAAGUUCAUGGAUCACUUGCAUGACGAGUUGGACAAUCUAGAAAUUCAUGAUCAGAUAUGACCACUAGCACGGUCACCCAUUGCCAGUACGUGCUAAUUAUCCCCGCAGGGCUGGAAGGUGGCUGGUUACAAAUGGAAGGGACUUGGAAACCGUCUCAGUAAAAAGAAGGUGGUUUAUGGUUUUAUAGACUGAUGUUUUCUGCUGCCAGAGAUCUGCAUUAAUAACUUUUAUGCAGGAUUAUUAAUGAUCUGUAUUCACCAUCACAUUCUGGAAGGGCAAUGGGCAAGCAGGAUGAAACCCAACUGAUG